AUGGUUAGUAGGUUUUAUCAGAUCCCAGGUACACAUCGGCCACCAUCGGCAAUAUCUUCUUCAAAUGAAUCGUCUUCACUGUUGUCUGCUAGACGAAUAAGUCAAACAUAUUUCAAUUAUCAGGCGACCCCUGAAUGCCAAAAAGUUUCUUCCAGAUAUGAUCCCGAUAAUCCAAACAAGGACAAGUUAGGAACAUACGGUGGAGUGUUUGUGCCUACUGCAUUGAAUGUAUUGUCUAUCCUUAUGUUUCUUCGUUUUGGCUUCAUUCUGGGUCAGUUAGGCAUUAUAUGCACCAUCGGUCUUCUGUUGUUGAGUUACACCAUUAAUCUUCUCACGACGCUAAGUAUAUCUGCUAUAUCUACAAACGGGACUGUUAGGGGAGGGGGUGCCUACUAUAUGAUUUCAAGAAGUUUAGGGCCUGAAUUUGGUGGAUCUAUUGGGCUUGUUUUUUUUCUGGGGCAGGUGUUUAACGCAGGUAUGAAUGCAGUGGGUAUUAUCGAACCUCUGCUUUAUAACUUGGGAUAUUCUGGCCAAGGCGAGCCUCCUGCGGCUUUGGGGGAGUUACUACCGAGAGGUCAUUGGUACGAAUUUACAUAUGCCACAAUAAUACUUUUCCUAUGUUUUUCUGUGGCUUUUGUUGGCUCGCAAACAGUGUCAAGAGCAGGGAACAUUCUUUUUUUGGUACUAGCUGCUUCUAUAUUUUCCAUCCCAUUGUCUGCGCUGAUUAGGUCACCGUUCGUUGAAGGCGGUAUCAGUUAUACCGGCCCUGCAUGGCAAACCUUCCAUGACAACCUCUUCCCUCACUUGACAAAGGGUGCAGCAGGUUCCCUACUCAAAGGUAAGGAGACAUUCAAUGAUUUAUUUGGGGUUUUCUUUCCCGCUACUGCUGGUAUAUUUGCGGGCGCAGGAAUGUCAAGCGAAUUAAGAAAACCUUCCAAAUCCAUUCCUAAGGGCACUUUAUGGGGUUUACUAUUCACCUUUAUCUGUUAUGCUGUUGUUGUCUUCUCCAUGGGUUGUUCCAUUCCAAGAAAAUCAUUAUAUGGUGAAGUGCAGAUUAUACAGACGAUCAGUUCCGUCCAGUGGGUUAUAUUUAUGGGUGAAAUGGCCACAUCUCUUUUCUCCAUCAUUGUAGGGAUGCUUGGAGCUGCUUAUGUGCUAGAAGCCAUUGCAAAGGAUAACAUUAUUCCAGGUUUGGAGAUUUUUGCUGAUAAACCGUUAUAUUCAUUGAUUUUUACUUGGAUUCUGACGCAGCUAUGUUUGUUUUCAGAUGUCAAUAAGAUUGCCACCUUUAUCACCAUGACAUUCUUGAUGACAUUCGUGGUCAUGAAUUUGGCGUGCUUCCUGUUAGGUAUUUCAUCAGCUCCAAAUUUUAGGCCCUCUUUCAAGUACUUCAACAGAUAUACCACAGCAGCCGGCGCAUUACUUUCUGUUGUUGCAAUGUUAAUUGUUGAUGGCAUUUCAGCAUCUGUUCUGUUUUUGGCUAUGAUUUUGCUUUUCUUAUUUAUUCAUUACUUUUCACCACCGAAAUCUUGGGGUGAUGUGUCGCAAAGUUUAAUCUAUCAUCAAGUAAGAAAAUAUUUACUUCGCCUGCGUCAAGACAAUAUUAAAUACUGGAGGCCUCAAAUAUUGCUAUUUGUAGAUAACCCAAGGACGAGCUGGAACUUGAUAAGGUUUUGCAAUCAUUUGAAAAAAGGUGGUUUGUAUAUCUUAGGCCAUGUAGCGGUAACUGCGGAUUUUCCGAAACAAUUAAAUGAACUAAAAACCCAACAAAAGGCUUGGAUGAAGAUCAGAGACAUGGCAGCAAUAAAGGCCUUUGUCCAAGUUGGGACUGGUCCCUCCCUUAUAUGGGGAAUCAGGAAUGUUUUUAUUGGUUCAGGAUUGGGAGGUAUGAAACCAAACAUUACCGUUGUUGGUUUCUUUGACCUCGAAAAUUAUAGAAAGCACAGGCCACAAAAUAGCAACAACAAUACCAAUCAGAAACCGGUAGAAAUAAAAGCUACCGUGCCAGGUAGCUCAUGCUCUGAUAUUAGAAUCAAUGUUCCAUUGCCUACAGAUGAGUGUAAAAAUGAAACCAAAGUUAACGUACAACAAUGGGUUCAAAUUGUUGAAGAUCUAUCACUGAUGCAAUCCAAUAUUGCCAUAGCGCAUGGAUUCAAGAAUUUAGAGAUACCAAACAAAAGGGACCGUUGUUUUCCAAAAAAAACUAUAGAUCUUUAUCCCAUUCAAAUGUGCGGAAAAGUUGAGGCAAAGGGUGAUCAACCUGCGUCUAUCACUACUAACUUUGAUACUUAUACACUUAUACUACAAUUGGCUGCCAUUUUGAUAACUGUUCCUGAAUGGAAGCACACGCACUCGCUUCGAGUUAUUUUAUUUGUUGAACAAGAAUAUCACAGAACGAACGAAGUUCAGCGAAUGAAAAAAUUAUUACAGGUUCUAAGAAUCGAUGCGGAAGUUCUGGUAGUGUCUCUGGAUCAAUUCAGAGUAUACAACACAAUUGUGAAGGGAGACCCAAUCGUGUUCGAUUAUGUCAACUCGAAAUUGGCUGAUAAUGAAUGGUGGAAAGAUUUGGUUGAAGCUCGUGAUACAUUGAAACCAAAGCGGAGAUUUUCAACUAUUGAAUCUCAAACGAUAGCAAGGCAAUUUACACAAUCGAGAAAAUAUACUUCUGGAGUUCAGAAAUUGGGUGUCUCAUUUACAAUGAAUGCGAGCAUGCCGACUAACCGCAUUGAUACUCCAUGUGAGAGUGAGGAUUCUGAUUUGGAUACAGAUCUUACAUCAAUCCGCGAUGCCUUCUCAGCAUCGACUAACGUUCCAGUAGGUAAGGAUUUAACGACUAGAUCGAAGACUGGUUCCGACAGAACAAACUUGCUCGUAAAGAAUUUACAAAGUGAUGUGUCAACACAAUCAUUAAGGCCCGUUUUCUCGAGUAAUACUUUGCCAAGGACGAGAGUCGUGGAAGAUGGUACCGGUGAACAGCCAACCCUGAUCCCAAUUGCCGAACCGGAUCUCUCAAAUGGGAACGGUAUCGGGAACGGAAACAAAUCAAAGAAACCUGUUCUUCCCGAAUUAUCACCCUGUUGUUCUAAAGAUAGUCUAGUUACAGCAAUGCAAAAUUUAGGUUUUAAUGAUCUUCCAAGUACUGCUCAACAUUUGAUCCUGAACGAUAUGAUGACACAAAUGUCAAGGAGUUCGGAUUUGAUCUUUUCAACGCUACCGAUUCCAGCCCUUGGAACACAUGAAGAUCAUGAUGCAAGUUUACAAUAUGUCGAAGACUUGGAUAUUUGGUUGGAAGGUUUACCGCCAUGCAUGUUAAUCAAUUCGCAAACCAUGACUGUAACUACUGCAUUAUAG